UGGAGGUGUAGACAGGAGGACCAGGAGCUGCCUCCAAAACAAAACAAAACAAAAAAUCGUGUUCAGAAGCCAGUUGACAAAUAACUGCGUGUCUCGGUCCCACCUCUUUCCUUUGCUCAUCUUGGGCCUAUGUUGUGCUUUUCAUGCUUUUCCUAAAGGUCUUGUCCUGGAAGGCACAGCUGACAGCAUUUACCCAAUCACUCCUUCCCUUCCAGACUCCAUGCUGGGCUCUCUUUCCCUUCUGUGGCUUGUGGCCAUGACCGCCUCCUUGGUUUCUAAAGCUCAGAUCUUGACCCCCCAAGACUAUGAGGAAGAGGAUGAUGAGGCGAUGACCAUACCUUCUCUGGCUGUCCCUUGCGACUAUGACCGUUGCCGCCACCUGCAGGUGUCCUGCAAGGAGCUGCAGAAGGUUGGGCCAGUAGCCUGCAUGUGCCCAGGGCUCUCCAGGGAAGAUCAGCAGCCAGACCCUCCGCGGCUGGGAGAAGUGCAAACUGUGGCUGAGGAAGGCUGCGCGGUGGUCCACUGGUGUGCUCCCUUCUCUCCGGUCAAUCACUACUGGCUUCUGUUUUGGGAAAGCAACGGGGCUCCACAAAGGAGUGGCCCCUUCAAUGCAACAGUUCGAAGAGCAGAGCUGAAGGGACUGAAGUCUGGGGGUGUUUACAUCCUUUGUGUGGUGGCUGCUAAUGACGCUGGUGAGAGCCAUGUUCCUGAAGCAGAUGUUGAGGGUCCUGAGAACUGGGCUGGCUCUUCCUUUGGGCCUUGUCGAAAGCUUAUCAUGCCGCCCAGACCUGUCAUCCUGGUCCAUGCAGCUGUGGGAGUGGGCACGGCUCUGGCUCUGCUGAGCUGUGCCGCCCUGGUUUGGCAUUUCUGCCUUCGUGAGCAGUGGGGUUGCCCCCGACGGCAAGGUACCGCCCAAGCUUCAGAAGCUCUCUGAUAGGAGUCCUACCAACUGGAAACAAGUCUGGUGCAUUCCAGCCACAUCUGGAGAGCCCAACCCACUCCCAGGAGUGUGGGGCCUGCUGCCACCUGGCACCAGCAGCACGGCCAAGUCAGAGCAGAAGCCCAGGCAAUUGGCCUCGGACUGAGCUUGUUUAGUCCCAAAAUAACCGUCACUAUGUUCUCUGGGCUCUAGGAGGAGUAGCAAUUAUUCCUUGGGGGUCAGAUGUAAAUGAUUUAAGCUUUAUGGGCUUGAGGGGGUAAAAUUGCAGACAUUACAUAGGUACUUAUAUAUAGCCAGUUAAAAUCGAGCUGUUUAAAGCCCUGCAUGGUGGGGUCUACAAUUCUAAUCUCCAGCACUGACCCUAAAAUAAAACAAAAGCAAAAACUAACAAAAGUGGGGGGGGGGCGCGGUGAGGGAGAAAGAUGGUUCAGUAGUUAAGAGCACUGGCUACUUUUCCAGAGGACCAGAGUUCUAUUCCCAGCACUCACAUGGCAGCUCACAACUAUCUAUAACUCCGUUUCCAGGGGAUCCAAUGUCUACUUCUGACCUCUGCCAGCAGUCCGCACUCGCAUACAUGCAUAUAUAUACAUGCAGGCAAAACACUCAUACACAUAAAAUAAGAAUAAAUUUAAUAAUGUAAACUGUCCAUAGCUCAUAGGUCUUCAAUGGCAAGGGGCAGGCCAGGUUCAGCCUAUGGGGUGGGGUUUGCCAACACAGGCUAUACAAUCUCACAAGUGCUCUGCAACCGUGUGUGGAUUCCACAUAGAUUCUGAGAAUAAGCUUCUGGAGGGUAGGAGUUGAAGUUGGAGCUAUGCCCUUCUCCUACCUACUUUUGUUUUGUUACUAAGGAUAAGCCUGCUCAGAGUCCAACUGUGUCUGGGGAAACUGAGGAUUAAGGAUCACCAUGAGCUGGAGGAGACAGAGGGCCCAAGCUGCAGUCUACACAAG